AUGCCAACCCCAACCCCAAACCCCCUCCUCCUCCGCUUCAAAGAGGCCCAGCAAACGCUCUACGGCGACAUCGACUCGAUCCCAGACGCCCACACCUGGACCCCACCGGGGAACUCAGGCGGGCUCGGCGGGCGAUACCUCUGGACAGACGCCUUCGGAGUCCUGAACUUCCUAACCCUGCACCACGAACACACCCAGCAUUCCUCGUCCCCAUCAACCCACUACCUAACCCUAUCCACUCACCUCGUCGACACCAUCCACACCAACCUGUCACGCACUCAAUCCGGCGCCCCCCUCGCCAGAAGCACACCCAGCAGCCCCCUCGCCGGGGGCCUGCGAAUCAGCAAAUCGCCCCCCGAAACCGACGGCCAAUACCACCACUACCUGACGCUAUGGAUGUUCGCGCUGAACCGGCUCUCAGUAGCCACGCGCGACCCGCACUAUAACGAGCAGGCGGUGGCGCUGGCGCAGGCCAUUCACCCGCGGUUUUUCGUGGACGAGGGGCGGCGGAUGGUGUGGAAGAUGGAUGUGGAUUUGGAGGAGGUGUUGGUGGGUGGGGAGGGGGGUUUGGAUCCGUUUGCAGGGUGGGUGGUUUUCGGGCUGUUGAGGAAAGAUGCCAGUGCUAGUGCCAGUGCUGAGGAGGGAGGGGAGGGGGUGUUGGGAAAAGAGAUUGCGGAUUAUAGGCGGAUUAUUGCGCGGAAGGGCGGACAGGGUGUUUCGUGGGAUAUGUUGGAUUUAGGGAUGACGAUGUGGUGGGCGCAUUGGGUUGUUGGGGACGGGGACGGGGACGGAGAUGGGGAUGGGGAUGGGGAGGUAGAGGAGUUGGUGGACAGGUGCGUGGAGAGAGUUUCCGCCCUGAUCGAGAAAAAACACUAUCUCACCCGCGACCUCGCGACACGGCUCGCAUUCCGCGAAUUCGGAACAUGUCUGGGACUACGCUGUCUAGCAACGCAGCCCUCCCAAAGACACCAUGCCGAGCAGCUGAACCGGUACGCGGACGCGAUCCUCGACUGCUGGGAGCCGUACAUGCGCUCUUCCUUCGAUGGCACGCCGGAGGAUCUGAGGCCCAUCACAAGGGUGAUGUAUGCGGCGGCGCUGAUUCCGGGAGCGUUUUGUCGGGGCUAUUUUGGUCCUGAGUCGACUUUGAGCUUUGAGCUCUGA